AUGAAUUCCAGUCCAUUGUGGGAACAUUUUCAUCAAAUUUUCGUAAAUAAUUCACAACAACAAUUUGUAUCAUGUAAUGAAUGUAAAACAUUAUUGGCAUUUACAUCGACAAAUGGCACUAAUAACUUGAAAAGUCAUUUAAAUUCUUGUUCAAGAACAACGGCACAAUUAAAUGAUUCUAAUCAAACAACAGUACAUGAAUUUUAUUCAUCGACAAAAAAAAUAAAAAUUUCAAAGAAAAUUAAAUUAUCUGUAGUACAAGCAUGUACUGAAUUUUCAGCAUUAGAUGCCAGAGCGUUUGAUACAAUGAAAGGAUAUGGUUUUCAAAAUUUAGCACAAGUAUUAUUUGAUGCUGGUCGUUCAUUUGCAAAUUCAUCAAUACAGGUACAAGAUGUUCUGCCACAUCCUACGACCAUCAGUAGGAAUGUUGGGAGAAUGUAUGAACAAUCAAAAGCACAACUAAUUAAAAUAUGUGAAAAAAUAAAAAGUUUUUGUAUAGUGGUAGAUAGUUGGACAGAAGAGUUCACGGGUAUAAAUUAUUGUGGUAUUGCAUUACGAUUUAUCGAUGAUAAUCAUAGAUUAUUAUCCUUUAUUCUUGGGUGCUAUGCUUAUGAUGCACCCAGUCAUUCAGCUAUGCAUUUUCGUGCUUUUGUUGAUAGUAAAUUAAAUGAAUAUAAUUUACAACUUGAUUCAUCUAAAUUUGUUGUUUGCGAUAACGAAGUUAAAAUGUUAGCUGCUUUUCGUGAUAAUUGUACAAGAAUAGGUUGUUCCGAUCAUUACCUUAACAAACAAUUGCAGCACGCGUUCGAAUCAACUGAAAUUCAUACAAAUAAAAAUACAAUUGAGAAGGUUAAUUGUGCAACAGGUCAAAAUGUUUUCUUUCACGUGAAAAAAAUUGUUACUCAUGUUAGACGACCACAUCGUCAACAACAUUUGUCAAUGAAAUUACAAAUUUAUAGUGAAACCAGAUUCAAUGGUGCUAUGUCAAUGCUUGAUAUCUUUCGGAAUGUGUUUUAUGAAUUGCCAAUGGUAUUAACAAAUACAAAAUUUAUGGACAAUUACAAUUUAAUUGAUAAACAAGCACUUGAUGAUAUAUGUCAUUUUCUUCAACCAUUUGGAGAAGUUACUGAAGCACUUAGUGAAGAUCAACGACCUAGUUUACAUCGAGUAAUACCAUUGCGACAAUGUUUAAUUAUUAAAUGUGAAAUUACUGAAGAAGAUUCAAUAGCAAUAGCUGAAUUAAAAUUAUUUAUAGGUGAGAAAAAUCAGACUAAGUGCUUUCACAUUGUUGCACUUGAUGAAAAGUUUACUUAGUACAUGUGUUUUUUUUU